AUGGAGUACUUCACAAGAAUCCUGAAGAAAGUGGGUAAUAGAGAGACAUUUGGGUAUCAUUACAGGUGUAAAGAGUUAAAAAUGAACCAUCUGAUCUUUGCAGAUGAUCUUAUGCUAUUCUGUAAGGGUGAUACUCAUUCUGUGACACUCAUGGUCAGAGCUUUAAAAGCAUUUUCAGAUGCUUCAGGUCUGCAAGCUAACCAUAUGAAAUGUGCCAUUUAUUUUGGCAAUGUUCCUGAUGAGGUGAGGAGUAGAAUACUUCAAGUGACAGGGUUUCAGUUGGGAUCUUUCCCAUUUAGAUAUCUUGGAGUUUCAAUUACAUCCAAGAGAAUCUCUAUUGCUGAUUGUGAUGUAUUGGUUGACAGAAUUCUGAAACGAAUUAUGUAUUGGUCUUCUAGGAAUCUAUCAUAUGCAGGGAGGACUACUCUAGUUAAUGCUGUGUUGCUGAGCAUUCACACCUACUGGGCUGAAGUGUUUCUGCUUCCUCAAUAUGUUUUACAAAAAGUCACACAAAUUUGCAGAGCAUAUCUCUGGGAUGGCAAAACAUACCUUCAUAAACCCCCUCAUGUUUCAUAG